CCUCCAUUGGACGAGAGCCUCUCCACGUCACAGUAGAUAGCCUAUCAAAGUCCUCACCUUUCUCUCUUUAUUGAAACAAAGCCAACCCUCCACUGUCCCCAAUCCCAUCUCUUCACCCCAAAACCUCCACCGCCGCCUCCGCCGCCGCCAUACUCCAGCCAAAAUGGCCGCCGCCGCAUCCGCAGCCGCUGCCGCGGCAGUGGGCUCAUGCUCCACCACCAUAGCUCGCCGACAUCUUCGCUACAACUUCCUAAUCAAAACCAUGGCCGCUCGAACUCCCCCAUUUCCCUCUCUCAGGCAUUUCAUCGAACAGAUUUCGAUCGUCGCUGCUCCCCAUGGAAGAAAACUUCCAAGGAUGACGGCGGCCGUCGCGCAGGAGGAGGCUGCUGCAGUGGCAAAGGAACAGAUGGUGAAAGCUGAGGAAGAAGAGGAAUCGACGGAGAGCACCAAGCUUUAUUUUGGUAAUCUGCCUUACCAUUGCGAUAGUGCGCAGCUGGCUGGAAUGAUACAGGAGUACGCAAGCCCUGAGAUGGUUGAGGUGCUAUAUGACAGAGACACGGGGAGGAGCAGAGGUUUUGCAUUUGUCACUAUGGCUACUGUGGAAGAUUGUGAAGCUGUCAUCUCCAAUCUUGAUGGAAGUGUUGACAAUAUUGGCGGUAGAACGCUAAGAGUUAACUUUUCAAACAAACCUAAGCCCAAAACGCCCCUAUACCCAGAGAGCGAGUUCAAGCUCUUUGUGGGCAAUCUUUCAUGGUCAGUUACCUCUGAGGCUCUGACAAAGGUGUUCCAAGAGUAUGGCAACUUGGUUGGAGCUCGAGUUCUCUAUGAUGGCGAGACCGGACAGUCUCGUGGCUAUGGCUUUGUUUGCUACUCUACGAAGGAAGAGAUGGAGGCUGCCAUGGAAGCCCUCAAUGAAGUGGAUUUGGAAGGAAGGGCUAUGCGGAUAAGCUUGGCUUUAGGGAAGAAGACUUGAAUGUAUGAAGAUUUGAUGCUGCACAAGCUAUACAAUAGGCUUUUUAUUGAUAAAUCCUAUGAUCAAAAUAAAUAAUACAAAAGAUUCUUUUUGAAACUUUAAUCUAAGAUGAAUUUAUUUUUUGAUCAUGGAAAUUGAGCAAUUAGAUAUAUAUGAUUGAAUU